AUGAGGGCGUUCCAGACCGGCCACGAGGAGCUCGUCCACGAUAUCAAGUACGACUUCUACGGGCGGCACGUGGCCACGGCCAGCUCGGACCAGCAUGUGAAAGUGUUCGACUUGGACCUGGCCACGCAAACAUGGGUGCUCAACGACUCCUGGAAGGCGCACGACUCGCUGGUGGUGCGGCUCCUGUGGGCCCACCCGGAGUUCUCCAGCUUCAAGAUCUUGGCGCUGUGUUCGUACGACCGCACGGUCAAGAUCUGGCAGGAAAUGCCGGACGAGCUCCAGGGCCUGGGCCGCCGCUGGUACAAGUUGGCCACCUUGGCCGUGGAGCUGUUCGGCCCCAUCUACGACGUGCAGUUUGCGCCGCCCCAUUUGGGCUUGAAGCUCGCGUGCGUCGGCUCCGACGGCAUUGUGCGCGUCUACCAGCUGGUCGAGCCCGCGGACCUCCUGGUGUGGGAGCUCUGCGCGGAGAUCCCGAUCCUCGACCUGCAGCUCCCGGCAAAGAGCCUCCAGAGCAGCUUCAGCAUCGAGUGGUGCCCGUCCAAAUUCGCGAAAACCGAGAAGUUUGCGGUCAUUGCGCUCGACCAGGGCUUUGCGGCGCGGUCCUCGGACCUUCUCGACGAGCCCAGUGGCCCGUCGGAACGCACGCCGCGCUACGUCAAGGUGUGCAGCUUGCCGGAGCACAACGGGCUCAUCCGCCUGGUCAGCUGGGCCCCGUCCAUGGGCCGCAGCCACCACCUCUUGGCGACGGGCUGCAAGGACGGCUACAUCCGCAUCUUCAAGGCCUUUGAAACCGCCUCCGGCGACCUCCGCGUGGAGACGGUGGCCAAGCUCAACGACCACCGCCAGGAGGUGUGGCGCGUGGAGUGGAACGCCACGGGCACCAUUCUCAGUUCUGCGGGCGACGACGGCAAGGUGCGCCUCUGGAAGUGCAACUACAUGAACGAGUGGCAGUGCAUGAGCGAGAUCAACACCAGCAACCGCCAGGACGCGCGGGCCGUGCUCAGCGCGGACGACCCGAUGUACCUGCUGCGCCCGCCGGCCAGCCUGUAG